CGAACUUGUCCGACAUCCUGAAUCCGAUGACGCUAUUCAGCAGUUCAGAGUUCGCGUUGUGGUAGCUUUCUUCGCUCUUUUCCUUUUUUUUUGACAAGGAGGAGAUAAAAAGGUCGUGGGUGAGUUUCGGGGUAGCAAACGGUGUGUUGUAGAAGAAGGAAAACCUCAGCUGACCUUUUUUUUCGCCGUCGGCAAGGUGUGGGAGAUAGAAACCGUCAGAAGCCGGUGCAGGCAGGCUGCGGUUGCCUGUUAUAGUUGUUGAGGAAGGGCCUACUACCUGGGGGUGAAGUGGGAGGGGAAAAUUGCGAUCCCUGAGUGUGGACGGGAGCUGCUCUCACCAGCUCUCACUGGUCUGAAGCAGGCAACCCUUAGUUUGCCAUCACCAUCAAGACCGACUUGUCUGCUUCCUUUAUUUCAAGAGGAUAUUCAGCAAAAGGAUUGAAAGGUUCUUUUGCUUUCGUUACACAACUAUUCUGUUUCUUGAGAGACAGCCUCAGUCCACCCAUCAUGACUACGCCAAAGCGACGCAAGGUUGAGACAUCCGAAGGCUCCAGGCCAAUGAGCGCUUUUGCUUUGAGGCAACAGCUACUUUCAGCCAGUCCGUCUUUGUCACCGGCGCCUCAACCUGAACCUCAGCAGGCUUCCGAGUCCCAAUCCCAAGUGACAACCCCGACGCCCACGCCAAAUGGGCGGUCUUCAACGAAGACAAGAUCAUCAAAAAGACUCGCAGAAAGCGAUAAAGCAUCAGAGCUGCCACCGGGAGCAUCCUCUGCAAGCUCCAGUCAGAAUGCAGUCCCAGACAGCCCAUCUGUGGCGCGAGCAGCAGGAACAACUCUGGCGCCCAACAGCCCAACCGCAGACCCUGAAGAUUUGAGAUCUGCAAAGUCUGGUCCUCAGCAGUUCUCGACAUUCAGACCGACAAAAAGCAACUCCCGCAAAAUUGCUGGUGGGAUCCUAGAACUGAGACUGCAUGAUAGCGAGCGUUUCUUGGUACUUGGAAGCUACGGAAUCCGAGUGAUUGACGGCGAGGUCACAGUCGCCGGUGCGAGCAUUCGGGCCCCCGACGGGAUCAAAUGGGUCCACGCACCUCACUGCCAUGCCAUCCCCGUUCUGCGUUGUACCGAGGAGACGAAGCUGGAGCUACAUCCUCAUCCGCAAGGACCCAGUCUCCGCAAACUCGAGCGGCUUUCACCCCUCUUCCGAAGCUUGUGGCACGAGCCGGAGGCGGGAUCGAGCAAGCAAGCCGUCAAGAGAGACACCUACAAGAUUAUUUGCAACACAGAUGAUGCGCCAAAGCGUGCUCUGAUCCAGGACCUGCGCUCUCAUCCCGCGUGGAACAAGAAACUGGCGGGCCUGACGAAAGUGCGGCAUCCAGAUCAACAACCCCUGAGCGUGAUGCUGUGCGGCCCCAAGUCGUCCGGCAAAUCCACCUUUGGCAGGAUACUGGGCAACCGCCUUCUCACGGGUGCCGGCCAGCAGACACGAAAUCGCAAAACGCCACUGUCGGUCGUUGUGCUGGACCUUGAUCCCGGACAACCCGAGUACACUCCCGCAGGCACGGUCGCGUUGGUCGAGGUUAGGGAACCAAACCUGGGUCCAUCCUUCACCCACAUCGCGGCAGGCGAACAGCAUGUAUCUAUCAUCAGGUGUCACUCGAUCGCCUCUGUGUCUCCGGCAUCGGACCCAGAGUUAUACUUGGAGUGCGCCUUGGAUCUUUACCAUCGUUAUCAAAAUAUGUGCAAGGGGCUGCCCUUGAUCAUCAACACGCCAGGCUGGGUGUUGGGAACCGGACUCGACCUCUUGACCGAACUAGUGUCGACCAUCCGACCCACGGAAGUCAUAUACAUGUCCGAAGACGGCCCUAAGGAUACCGUCGAGGGCCUGCAGACGGCGUGCAAGGGGGCUUUUACACUCCUCCCUUCCCAGCAGUCCGAGUUCACCUCGAGAACGGCGGCGCAUUUGCGCUCGAUGCAGGCGCUCGCAUACUUCCACACCGUUCGGAACCCUUCCAACAAGCUGGCCUGGAACCCGACUCCGCUGUCAUCGUCACCGCCGUUGACUGUCAGCUACAGGGACAAGAACCGCGGGGUUUUGGGGAUCGUCAGUUACGAGUACCAGCCACCGGCAGACUUACUCGCGGAGACAAUCAAUGGCUCGGUCUUGUGCCUAGUCGAAGCCGAGGGUACCAAGGCGUUUAGCCGCCUCGCAAAGGAGAGCGAGGGCCUCCUCGCAGCCGCGCCCGGUCCCGAUAAGAUGGACGUCGACCACAGUGCAGCAGACUUGGACGAGAUCAUCUCGAGGACACCAGAGGGGAUCCCCUACAUCCCCAACUCUGACGCCCAAACCCUGGACCCUCGGUAUUCGCAAACCCUCGGCAUGGUGCUACUCCGAGGCAUCGACACCAAGAAUGGCAUCCUCCAAAUUCUCACCCCGAUACCCUUGGAACGCAUCGAGGCUGCCAAAGCGGCGGGCCACCAGCUGGUUCUUGUCCACGGCAAGCUCGACUCUCCCGGCUGGGCGUACACCGAGGACCUGUACUACCAAUCCUUCAGCGGCGCUGAGGCGGACGCCAGGGACGACACGGUGGAGAUCAUGGAUGAGGACACGGAGAGCGACAGGUCGGACGAGGAGCCCGAGAACCCGGAGCUCGCCGGCGACAUCAGCGACACGCCGUGGAUCGAGGUGCUCCAGGGCCACGAGAAGCGGCCGGUGGGAUCGCGGGUGUGGAGAGUCCGGCGCGACCUGGGCCGGGCCGGGCCGGGGGCUGAGUGAGAGAGAGGGAGGGCAAAUUAAAAUUGGACGCGAGAUUUGCGGCGUCGGGGGAUUUUACUUUGAAUUUCUUUUACCCCUUUCAAGACAUACCACGAUGCAUGUUACUGCCCUAAUGAGACAACGCUUACACCACGGUAAGAGGGAUCGCACCCCACCAUCCUUUACGUAGAGAUCGAUCCCACACCCCCUCGCCUGCAACUCACUGCAUUUGCAUCUUGCUUUGUAUGUGGAACGGAUGCAUAUAUGCACCGCACCACCCAGACCUUGCCCGGUCUCCCAGUUCGUGCAUUCAUUUAGCCUGCCACCCGCGACUUUCCAACCGCUGUCGCGCGACUGUCC